AAACAAUGUUCCUUCUUCGGGCUUGAAAAUAACAACAUGUAGAAAAGAAAGAUGAGCAUUGAAAUCCACAAUUCAAACAAAGAUGAGCAUUAAGAUAUUCCUGCCGCUGGAACUUUUCUACUCCAAAGAAAAUUGCAAUAUUUAUGGUGAAAAUAAAAUUGGCGAUAACAAUUGUAUAUCGUAUUAUAUUACAUGUGCCAUAGCCGAUGCCAAAAACAAUAAAGGCGGCAGUGAAGUAAAUCGCUUACAAAUUACCCAAAGAUUUCGACAUUUGGGUCAUAUUGUAAAUGCCAAAGAAGCCAUAACACUACAACGGCAUCAGGAUGUAGCUUUGUCGUUCGUUUACGACGAUGAAACACCAAAUAUUUAUUUAAAUAAACUGAGUAUUAAACCCGAGAAGCCGGGUAAAAUAAAUGUCUUCCUCUUCGAAGAGAGGCGAAUACUUAAAUUACAAGAUCUAAGGGAAGACCUUGAUGCGAAAGUAGCAGAUGAAUGUGAUGACGAGGAUGCCAGUGCCACCCACAAUGAUGACUUACAUAUUUUGUAUCAAUUGUUGAACGUAAAGGAUACAAUUGUGCACGAUGACACCAGAGGUGGUCCUAUCGAAGAUUUCUUUGCCCAUGAUGUUAAACGUUGCGUUUUUAGGGGUUUUGAAUUCUCAUUUAAUUUUAUGAUGUGGCUGUUGACUGUGUUCCUCUAUCAGCCUCCAUUUAAGUACAUUUUCCAGCAUACCGUUCUAUGUGAACACUAUAGAGAAUGGAUAAAAUUUCGAAAUUGUGGUAAACGUCGUUUUAAUAUUGCCUUUGAUACAUUUCUGGGCCUAUGUGUAAUGUUGAUUUUGAUUUUAUAUAUUGAUAAUCCUGGCAAUUAUUUAAUUACAUCGGCCCAUUAUAUUGUUAACAAAUUCCGUUUGCUGUUGCAUUCAUUAAAAGGCUCUCCCAUUGGUUUGAAGUUGAAUGUUCAAUUGAAUAACUUCCUUUUGGAGUGUUUUGGCUAUCAUGUCGAAUUGUGGGAUACAUUUUUAAAUGCCAUUGAGCCAUGUAUUCGGCAACUAUUUGUACCCAUAACAAUCUUGGGUUCAAUGGGAUUGUCUUACCAGUUGGCCUUGUUAAGCGAUAUAAUAUCGGUUAUUGGUUUGCAUGCCCAUUGCUUUAGUAUUUAUGCAGCAGUAUUAUAUAAAGUCGAAAUCAAAGGUCUUCAAGUUCUUUGGAAAAUGUUUUUGGGCAAACGUAAAAAUGUAUUGAAAAAUCGCGUUGAGUCCCAUAGUUACAUGAACCGCCAGCUGUAUUUGGGCACUGUUUUCUUUGCCUGUUUAUUAUUUCUAUUUCCCACAGUACUCACCUACUAUGUUGUCUUCACAACGCUGCGUCUUGGCAUUGGUUUUGUUAGUUAUAUUUUGAAAAUGAUACGUAGACAAAUAUUAGAAUUUCCCAUGGAAAUGUUAUUAAAUUGGAGUGUGGGUCGUUUUUAUGACAGUGAUUCCCUGCAAUUGGAGUAUGUGGAACAUACUCCAUCACCACUGCUGCAACAGGAUAUGGAAAUGAAAAUGUGUGUUUUCAAGUUGAAAGUUAAUCCGUCUUCCCUUGGUCGUGUCCUAUCCUGUCAUAGUGGAGUCCUGCAAGAGUUGGUUGCAAAGGAAAACAAUUCAAUUAAAAAUGUUAGCCGAAAAAUUUUAACGGGUACAUUUUAGAUUUUGUUAAUUAAUUAAAGAAUCACAAUUUAAGUACGACA